ACACCAGCAAGAAGCAUGGACUGUGUUUCUUCUCUGGUCACAAUGAUUUGGCUUGGUGGGUUCCUUGUGGUCGGCUUGGCAUUGGAUCUGGUCCUAGGUCAGGCCAAUUGGCACAGCCAGCAGACUGGAUCCAGGCGGAAGGAUUCCCUCCAGUCUGGUUGGGGUUCUGCAAGAGGUUCUCCUAGGCAGCUCUUGGUGCCUUCUAGGGGGGUGGUCAGUAUAAUGUGCUUGGAGGACAUGAUGGUGGUGACCAUCCAGAAGAAUCUCUAUGGGAAUGGAAAACUGAUCAAGGCGUCUGACCUCACCCUGGGUUCUGAGCUCUGUGAGCCGUCCUCCGAGGACCAGGACACCGUCACCUUCCAGAUCAGUCUGCAGGAUUGUGGGAACCGGGUUCAGACAACCACCGACUUCCUCCUGUACGCUACAAACAUCGCCUACAAACCCUCUUCAUCCAGGAAUGUUCCAAUCACCCGAACCAACAGUGCCAACAUCGGCGUUCAGUGCUACUACCCCCGGCAUGGAAAUGUCAGCAGCAACGCCAUUAGACCAACCUGGAUUCCCUUCAGCUCCACCAUAUCCAUGGAGGAGAGGCUCUCCUUUGCACUGAAUCUGAUGAAAGAUGAUUGGAGUGGUCUGCGGGACUCCAAUGUUGUAUCUCUGGGUAACUCCUUGCACAUUGAGGCUUUUGUGACUGUAGACAACCAUGUGCCUAUGAGGAUCGUUGUGGACAGCUGUGUGGCAUUGUUGGCUCUGGACCCAGAUUCCACCCCUCGCUAUGAGCUCAUUAACAAUUAUGGAUGCCUGGUGGAUGGGCAGCAAGAAGACUCUUCCUCCACCUUUAUAUCCCAGAGACCUGAGCCGAACAUACUGCGCUUCGAGGUUGAUGCCUUUAGAUUUACAGGCCGCAACCAGCCAACAAUCUAUAUCUACUGUGUUUUGAAAGCCGUCCCACUCAACCAGGAACCAAACCCAACUAACAAGGCCUGUUCCUUCAGCAAAACCAGCAACUCGUGGUCCCCCGUGGAAGGAGCUGCCAACAUCUGCAGUUGCUGUGAGUCUGGAAACUGUGACGCUUCUCAACCCAGAAGGCUGAGGCCAGGAUCCAGAAGACCAUGGAAGAGGCAUCUAGCUGAAGAGCGAUCAGAUGAAGUGAUCCACACACAGCUCCUGGGCCCCAUUUGGAUCAUCGAUCCGGAGGCUGACCUCCAACCCGAGAGUGGCCAGGCUCUUGCUGUGCGUGCUGACCCUGAACAAGAAGUGAAGCCCUGGAUGGUGAUGGCUGUGGGAGGCCUGUGGGUGACUGUACUGGUGGGGGCUGUGCUAGCCUGGAAAAUUGGAUCAAGGAAACGUAACGUGGCCAAUGUACAGCAAUAAAACUGAUUUGUUUGCAUUUAAA